UCACUUGUUUGUGUGUUUCUUCCAUCACAUAUUUCCACUCAUUCUUCCUCACAACUAUGACUUUUGUUAUCUUAUUAUAGUCUCAUUUGUCUUGCCAGAAUGUCAGAUAAGCCUCUCUGCAUUCUACAUUUUUCUUCUACAUUGUCCUAAAAAUAUGGCCUCUUUACAGCACUUGCUCUCCGAGGAAGGUUUCACUGAUACAAAGUUGGUGAAAAACCAUAAAAAAGUUGGCUACAGGGGAAGGACUGCUUCAGAUGAAGCCAUUGCCUUGCCUAUUUACAUAUGCCAUGACCUUAAAAGUAUCGAUUUUUCGAAAAACAAGAAUGAUAAGGCCAUUUCAAGAAAAGGGUCAUCCAUGUUUUCUUCCAAGAGAGGGGAGUCUGAGUCUGGUAAGUCACUGACAAGGUCAGUAACAGAAGGUGUUAGAAGGAAAACUGAUGAGCCUGCACUUGAUGAAGUCGCGACGAGGGCGGUGAUCUCCAUACUCAGUGGAUAUGUUGGACAGUACUUGAAAGAUGAGGAGUUUAGAAGAACUCUGAGGCAGAGAUGUUAUUCUUGUUUUGUGAGGAAAAACAAGGAUUCUGAUAAUGGGAAAAUAUUUGCAAAUAUUCAACUGGGAAUUGAGAGUAUUGAAAGAUUGGUGGAGAGUUUGGGGACAAAGAAAGAAUUGAGGAUGAAGUUGCUGAGGAAUUCUAUUAGUCUUUUGACAGUUGUAGCAUCUUUGAACUCUAAGAGCUCGAAAAAUGGCUCAACUUCAGGGACUCCUAAUUCACAUCUGUCAGCCUGUGCUCAACUAUACUUGUCAGUUGUUUAUAAACUGGAGAAAAAUGAUCGAAUUUCAGCAAGGCAUCUGCUGCAAGUUUUCUGUGAUUCGCCAUUUCUUGCCCGAGACCACUUGCUUCCUGAAUUGUGGGAACAUUUCUUUCUACCUCACCUUCUGCAUCUCAAGGUAUGGUAUGGCGAAGAGUUUGAUUUGGUCUCGGAUUCAGAUUACAGAGACAAGGAGAAGAAGAUUAAAAUUCUGAGUAAGCUUUAUAAUGAUCAAAUGGAUAUGGGGACUGUUCAGUUUGCUGUUUACUACAAGGAUUGGUUGAAGACUGGUGCUCAAGCUCCUUCAAUUCCUUCUGUGCCUUUGCCUUCAAGACCGAGUUUUGGUCGUUCAAGAAGAACAUCUUCAGACUCUGUAACUUCACAUUCCUCAAUCAAUAAGUCCCUAUACAGAGCUGUUUUCGGCCCCACUCUUGAGCAUAAAAUCACUGACACUGACGAAACAAAAGGAGCCUUAAUGAGUACCUGGGAUUUGGAUGAAAGGAAUAAAGUUAGUUUUGAUGAAGAACACAGCAAGAGUAGAAGUCUUGCUCGUCACAGUUUGUCAAGCCAGAGUUGCAGAAUACCUGAAGAUCAGAAGUUAUGGCAACCCGAGACGCAAAAGGUAGACUAUCUGAGGUUUCUUGUAUGCGGGGUGGAACCAGCAGAGUACUCGGGGCACAGCAACAAGGGCUCUUCAAAAAGAAUAGUUAACGCGAAGAUCAAUCCUUCAAGUGAUCUAAGUAAAGCUAUCAACACUAUUUCCUCAUCAGACAACUUAAGUGACUGUGAAAUGGCUAUACAUGUUAUGACCACAGCCUGGCUUCAUUCACACGGAGAUGUAGCUGUGGAAACUGCAUUAUCAAAGCCAUCGGUGAUUGAAGGAAUGAUAGAGGUCUUGUUUGGUUCAAAUAAUGAUGAAAUACUGGAACUAACAAUCUCAAUGUUGGCAGAUUUUGUGACGAGAACAGAAAUGAAUGGACAGAUCAUACUCAGAGCUGAUCCAGAGCUUGACAUCUUCAUCAAAUUACUUAAAAGUAGUAGUCUAUUUCUGAAAGCUGCUGCGCUGCUUUAUUUAGUGAAGCCGAAGGCAAAACAUUUGACAUCCACUGAAUGGGUUCCAUUAGUACUUCGGGUGCUGGAGUUUGGGGAUCAAGUGCAGACGUUGUUCAAUGUACGUUGCUGUCCUCAAGAGGCUGCAUAUUACUUGCUAGACCAACUAUUUACCGGCUUUGAUGAAGACAAGAACUGGGACAAUGCUAGACAAGUCGUAACACUUGGAGGACUGAGCUUAUUAGCCAAAAGGAUGGAGAUUGGGGAUGCCUCUGAGAAGAGUAAAGCCGGUGUCUUGAUAUGUUGCUGUAUCCGUGCUGCUGGAAGCUGUAAACACUACUUGGCUGAAUAUUUGAACAAGGAAGCUGUUCUCUCCCUCGUCGUUGAAAAGAACACUGAUUACAAUAACCAUGCUUUCUCUUUGCUGACUGAAUUACUUUGCCUUCAAAGGACUAAGGUGACAAAGUUUUUAAACGGACUGAUGAAUGGAUGGAGCCGCUUAAAUACUAUGCAGAUCCUGCUUAUUUCUCUGCAGAAAGCACAACCAGAACAAUGCCCAGUGAUUGCCAUCAUCAUGUUACAGCUUGACCUUCUGGGAGACCCUCUGAAGUGUAGCAUAUAUAGAGAAGAGGCAGUUGAAGCAAUAACUGCAACUUUGGAAAGUCAUACUAAUGAGAAGGUACAAGAACAAUUAGCAAGAACUCUCUUGAUCCUAGGAGGACGAUUUUCUCAUACCGGAGAGUCAACAACAGAAAACUGGCUACUGAAAGAAGCAGGCUUCGAUGAGAGUUUGAGGGGAUCAUUCAGUGGGAGGGAUAAUGUCGGAGAUGAAGUCAUCCAACUGGAUGAGGAGGAGUCCGCAAUAGAAAUUUGGCAAAGAAAAACAGCAGUAGCCCUGCUCACCAGUCGGAACAAGAAAUUUGUGUCUGCUCUUUCAGAUUCCACAGCAAGGAGCAUACCAUGUUUAGCACGAGCCAGCACCGUGACAAUUGCAUGGAUGAGCAGCUUUCUCCACUCCAUUGUUGAUGAUAAUCUUCAGUCUGCAUUUUGUUCAAUCCUAGUUCCAGAACUGAUUAAAUCAUUACAUCAUGACAAUGCACUCGAGGAAAGAGUCCUUGCUUCAUAUUCAUUAUUCAAUCUGUCCCAGUGCUCAGACUUUGUAGCGACAAUCUCAUUACUGGAUAAAGAGCUGAUGACUAACCUCGGGGACCUUUCUCGAGUAACAUGGACAGCAAGUGAACUCUUUAUGAUCAGCACAAGAAGUUCCAGGCAAAGAUAUCCUGUUCUUAAGAGACCAUCGUUACAAAGUGCAAGACAUGUUAUACCAUUUGACAAAGAAUUUUAGAUUGAUGUGAAGUUUCUGCAUUUUCUUCUGUUGUGUCCUGUGUGUAUCUAGUUUUUAUGCUGUGAAUUUUAGAAGAAUGCUGCACUAAAAUGAAUAUAUAGACCAAUUGUCCAA